AUUGGCAUCUAUUUCAAAAAGUCCAUAUACUUCAGCAAUUGACAGAUUUUGCUAUCAUACAAGUCAAUAACAAUAGGCAUCGAUUGCAAACUUUAGAGGUACUAUGCAUGUGUGUUAGAAUUUUAUUGAUUUGUAUCUAUCCUUAUUGCCACUCUGUUGCUUCCAAAUUUAAAUGUGACAUAUUUUGUUAAACUGUAUUAGAUGGCGCCAAUUAACCUUAGACGUCAGCGGACAUUUGCAAACUUCACAAAAAAACCAGUUGAGCCUAGAUUCAUAGACUUCGACGACAUCGAAUAUUCUGAUACAUUCAGGACUUGUAGCAUCUGCGUGAGGGUAGAUGUCAAAUUCCCGGUUAAUCCGAGUGGUGAUAAGCUUCACUUCAUUCUUAUGGACAAAACUGGUGCCAAAAUCGAGGCUAUAGUUGCCGGAAAAGAUUUAGUGAAUAGAUUCAAUAUUACAUUGCACAUGGGUCGUAAGUACAUCAUUCAUGGUGUUACUAUGCGGCCUAACUUUGAAGAACUGGAGUGUAGAUACAUUCAACACACAUAUGAGUGUUCCUUCAGCGCAAGGACAUUUGUUGAGUCUCUCUCACUUCAAUUUCCAACAUAUCCCAAGCAUUUGAUGCCGUUCCAAGAAGUUCAGAGGUGUCCAAGAAACACUUUCGUAGACAUAAUUGGCAUAGUCGUUCAUUAUGAUGGACAUGAACGCAUUGGGGGAUACCCAGGUGCUGAAAUAUAUAGAGAGGUCACCUUCAUGGAUAUGUGGGGCAAACUUAUAGUUGUUGGGAUUUGGGGUGGCAACUUGAUUCAGAACUCAUAUAGGUGGUCAACAACUGAAGGCAAUAAAUCUAUUGUCCUUGCCACUAUGCUUCGUAAGGAUUGCAAAUACGGAAAUCUGGAAACUUCAAAUUACACCACCCUUGCAUUCAACCCGGAUCAUACUGCAGCACGCGCACUUGAUGAUAUUCGCCAAAAAAUAAUAGGUGGGUUGAUUGAUAUGAAGUUUGUUCAGCAAUUUAUUGAGUGGAGGUGGGCUUUCCUAGCAAGCAAGUUGUCUACAAAGGAUCCCCGACACAGGAUGUAUACAAAGAAAGCUCGGCGCAUGUAGUAGAGAUAGUAGACAUUGGUUAUGCCUAUUACGCAUGAUUGUGUGUUUCAAUUUGUAAGUGUAGUUAUCACGUACUUGGUUUGUAUGUACUAUGUAGGUGACUGUUUCGUCAUAUUUGUUUGUGUCUAUGGUGUUUUAAGGGAUGUGCUAAUUUCACGGAUGAUUUAGUUAUUAUCUACAUUUAAAUGCA